AUUUCUGCAUAUAUAAUGGAGCGGUUCAACUCAUGAUGGAAGAGCAAAACGUUACCACAGAAGUCCCAGCAGCCCUAAAGCGCCUGGCCAAAUACAUAGUGAGGGGUUUCUAUGGAGUAGAAUACUCCCUGGCCGUGGAUGUACUGACCCGCUACCCCUGUGUGAAAGAGGAUGACUUGUUACAGCUGCUCAAGUAUGAACGCAAACAGCUGCGCACUGUUCUCAACACACUCAAGGCAGACAAGUUUGUGAAGCUGCGUAUGCGAGUUGAAACAGGGCCUAAUGGGAAGAGCACAAGACACAACUACUAUUACAUCAAUUAUAAGGUGCUGGUGGAUGUGAUAAAGUACAAACUGGACCAUGUGCGGCGGAAGAUAGAAGCAGAUGAGCGGGAUUCAACUACCAGGUCCUCGUUUAAAUGUCCAUCUUGUUCUAGCACAUACACAGACCUGGAGGUCAAUCAACUCUUUGAUGUAUUUACAGAGACUUUCCGUUGUACUUACUGCAAUACUGAAGUAGAGGAAGAUGCCUCAGCACUGCCUAAGCGAGAUGCUCGAACCUUGCUAGCAAAAUUCAAUGAGCAGAUGGAACCUAUCUUCGUGCUACUGCGUGAGACAGAAGAUACUGUUCUGCCAUAUGACUUGUUGGAACCUCAGCCAACAGCAAUCCCAGGCAUAUCAGAAAGCUUUGACCAGAAGGUAUGUUCAAGCACGCCGGAACCCUGCAGUAGACCUGAAAAAUGGGCCACCAAAAAUUCCUCUUUUGGCAAUACAUAUAGUCAAAACUUAAUUAUUGAUGUCCAAGAUUCUGAGUGCAAGAAGAAAAAGAAAGAAAAAGCAACUAAAGAGCAACCUAUCUGGAUGUCAGAGAGCACUGUGGAAGGAGCAACAACAGCUACCAUCAAUAAUGCUGGAACAAAUGCUUCUGAAGAAGCUGAAGAAACUGUUAAAGAAACUGUCAGCGAGAAUGAAAUCAUCAAGACUCUUCUCAUCCAUGAAUCCAUGAAGUCAUUGUCCAGCACUGACUAUGCUCCUGCUGUCAAAAGCAAGUUAUCUGAAUCAGGCAGUGACAGUGAGUCUGAAAAUGCCAAACACUCAAGUACAACAACAAAAUUAGCAGGCAGCCAGUUUGAACAAGAGGAAGAGCAAGAAUCACUAGAUCCUAUUUUAAUGGUAGCUGCUCAGCCUUACUCAUAUGGUGAAAUUAGUGAAAAUCCAGAGCUUGUGUCUCUCAUGACAAAUGAAGAGAGAGAAGCUUAUAUAAAAGUUGUACAAGAAAUGUUCCAGUCUGUGUUUGAGUAA